GCUGGCACUCGCUUCAAUAUCUCACAUGUGGAAAGAAGGACGAAGAAUGCUCGGGUCUCGCCAAGAACGAAAAUAAACAAGAGAAGGCUCUCGCAAUAAAAGAGGGGGAAAUGCAAUCUACUCUCUGAUGAAUAGCCGAGCUGAGCCAGGAUGGUCACCGACGCCCCUCCCCGCCCCUGCUGCAACUUUUCUGGGGGCGCGUACCGCUGGCGCCGAUGCAUGCCCUACCUCAUCUUUGCCAUGCUCAUUGCUUUUGUGCAGUUUUAUGCCAUCACCGUGCGGGAUCCACACUUCAUUCGCACUACUUUCCAGUCCAUCGCCAACAUGAGACAUCGGAGAAACGACAGCGGUCCCCUCCACGUUCUGCUCAUCGCUUACGCUAGGACGGGAUCCUCGUUCGUGGGCGACCUGUUGCAGAGUCUGCCGAACACUUUCUAUCAUUUCGAGCCGCUGCAUUUCCUCGGCAAUCCCGUCCUCAAUGACAGCGUCCAAGAAGCCAGAGCCUUGUUGGAUAAAGUCUUCCGGUGCAACGUCUCAUCGAUUGAUGGCUUCUUGAAGUGGCAACGGAAGCAUAAAGGCUAUAUGAAAUUUAAAAGAAGUUUAAAUUACUGGAAGGAAUGUUCCAAAAAGAACUUCUGCUACAAUGGUUCUUACAUUGAUAACUAUUGUCGUAAGCAUGGAACAAUAGUCAUAAAAACAAUCCGUUUAAAACUACCAGAUGCAGCCGAGCUCUUCAUUACCCAUCCACAUCUAAAUUUAAAAAUCAUCUAUCUGGCCAGGGAUCCCAGAGGUUCGAUAAAUUCCAGAACAAAAUUCCCCGUGUCUCAGUGGUGCAAACGAGAUCCCAUGUGUAUUAACCCAACUCAUUUCUGUUCUGCUUUGGGCGAAGAUUUGAAAAUCGUCUGUACUUUGUCCAAAGAAAGACCUGAGGACUUCAUGGUGUUACGCUAUGAAGAUCUAUCGAUUGACCCAUUUGCUACCACCACUCGCCUAGUGGAAUUUCUAGGACUGCAGUCUAUACCGUCAGAUACUCAGGCGUUCCUAAAUUCUCAUACAUCUGUGAUAGGUAACGUCAGGGAAAAGUACAGACCACAAGGCCUAGAUUAUCCUUAUUCAACGUUCCGUAACUCUUCUAUAACAGCAAUGUCGUGGAGAUCGCAAAUGUCUUUCAAAAGAGUAACUCUUUUGCAAACGACAUGUCAGACUGCUCUGACAGGAUUGGGUUAUUAUGCUUAUUCGACUACAGCAUCUCUGCGUUCCAACCUGAACUUCGAUACUAAUGUCGACGAUGCAGUCCGCUCAUUUUGUUCAGUAAAUUAAUACAUGUCUAAGAAUUUGAAUAUUAAGUUAUUUGACGUCACAAAUAUUUUUGUUAUGUAUUGCACCUGAUACAGUGAUAACUAUUUGUUCAAUUCUGUAAACACACUCAACAGACUUAGAUUUGCUUUUCAGUCUAUUACAUUGCCUAACAUUUUUUGGAAUAUUACAAUAGCCGUUUCAUUUUGAAUUUAAGAUAUUGCAAUUGCAAUUGUACACACCUCUGAUGAGAAUUAAUAACAUUAAGUAAAAUAAUAUAAACAAUGUUUGAACAUUUUAAAAACUAGGUCUACAUAAAAUCACUACAAAAAAUUAUUGCUCGAUACGAUUUUUCCCAGCAAAUUUGGACUCAUUAUCAUCAAGGAAAACUUGUACAUUGUAAUCGUAAGAAUUGCAUCAAAUAAUGGAGACAGAAAUUUAUAGUAAUUUUAAGAAUCAUUUUUGCAAUCCUUCGUGAAUUCCAUGAUUAAAACAAAUCAUUCCUUUAUAUACCUAUAUUUUUAACAUGUAUUUAAUUGUGCAUUCUUUUCAAACGAAAUCAAUGUAAAGCUUAUAAUAUGAAUAAUAUAACUCAUAACUGAACCACUCAAUCAAUAGUGGCUCAGAUUUUUUGUGAAUUCCAAGUCUUAAUGAGACUUUCAUAAGACUCUUGGAGCAUAAACAAAAUUAACAAUACUCAACAGUGAAUUAUGAUGCCCUGUAUGUGUCAUUUGAUAUAAAAUCUGAAUUUGUUUCCUUUCGUAUUAUCAAAGGGAUAUAGAAAUAUUUGCCUUCACAUUUAAAUCACAAAUUGCUACUCAUUGUGAAAUUUUUGCUCUAUAUUAUUUUACGGUCAUUUCUGCAGUUUUUCAUAAAACUUAUAACAUUUAAUUCAAAAAAUUAUCCUGUAAUCUGAAACCAUCUUAACUUCAAUAUCAAAUGCUUCUUCGCCUAAAUUAUUUUUGUAUUCAGUUGUUUAGUGUUUGUAAUGAAUUCUUUGAAAUUUUACAACAAUAACCAUGCUCACUAGCGACCACUCUGGAAUCAUUUAGACUUUAUGUGAUAAUACACUGCUUAAUGAGAGAGAUAAUUCAUUGCUGCAUAUUUAUUUUAAACACGCAGAAGUUUUUUUACUAAACUGACGCUCUCACCAAGCAACUAUAUUAAUCUAUAUUUGGCCCAUAAUAUUAUUUUAAUAGAAAAGCAUUAUAAACAUAUCAUAUCAAAAACAGUCCAUCCAUUUAAUAAAAAUACAAACGUACUUUGUUUUUACUUUUUUUUCUAAAAAGUUAUUUUAAAACACAAAACUGAAUAUACAUUUUCUAAAGAUAUAAUUUCUUCAAAAAAUUUUAUGGAGAUUCGUAAUUUGUUGCGAAUUAAAAAAAAUAGCACAUCACAAAUAUUCGGAAAAAUGGUGCAAAAAUGAUUUUUUUUUUUUUUUUUUUUGCUAAUUUAUCAUCGAAACAAAACAAAAAAGAAAAUAGUAUCAUAAAACAGAUAGACUGUAUUGAAUAACGAUAAGGAUAAUUAUAUUUUAAUAAAUAAUACAAAAAUUUAAAAAUAAAACCAUUUUGAAGUCUCUUUUAAAGGAAUUCUUCUUUUUAAAAAAUGACGCAUUCAAUAAAGAACAUCUUAUUUGCUAAACAGCGAUGAUCUCGAAUAUUUACCUCAAUAUCCGAUAUCGUGCGACUUUUUUAUUAAUGUUUCGAGUCUUAGAAAUCAGUGAAAUCGCCACAUUGUCAUAUUAAAAUGAACUAUAUUAAAGUAAUAAAAAGUCAUUUCAAAUAUUCCCCCCUAGUGCAAUUACGUUAUUCAAAAUAUAUUAUCUAUAUAAUUUUAAUUUAAGUACAUUAUUUUGCUAUUUAAAAUCCAAAUUUCUCAGCGCAUUAUGGAAUUGAUUUCUAUUACAAAAUACGUUAUCAAUUUCAUUUGCACAAAUUAAUUUUGAAUACUACAGUACUGUAAGGGAAUAUUUAUAAAAUAAUAAAAUGAAAAAUCGUGGAUUAAAAUGAAAAAUACUCUUUGAUCAUCCUUUCCGUUUCAGCCGAUGUGUUUGGAGUUUACGAAUUUGUGAAGAAAGCGUCAUAAAAAAUGAGCUUGUUCUUUGACUUUUUUCUAUGUGAAAAAAGGGCUAUCUCGCCAUUUAUACAUUUUGAGAAGAUUUUUUUAAAUGAUUAUUUUGUUCAAACGAUUAAAAAAUGAAAAAUUUGAGUCGGGUUUUUAUUCCAAUUAUUGUGUCGUUACUCAUAUCUACAAAAAAAAUAAGAAAAUUCAUUAAAUAUUAUUAUUAGUCCGUCAAAAAGUAUAAAUGCUCGCAACAUGCAAAUUUUGAAAUCAAACACAGUGUGUCUUUUGAUUGAGUAAUGUGUCUUCUUCGUUGUACAUAAGUAAACACAGUCUUCAGAUUUAUUCUUCUAUCAAGCUUUCCAUCGGCCGCCCUCAGUUUUCCUUCUUCGAAAGGAUUUCUCACAGUAAGAGCCCUUAACAACCGGAGAUAUAUAAGAAACGAAUUUCUAGGGCUUUUCUCAGUACGCAUACAUAUAAAAAAAUAGAUAAUACUUAUUUCAAUCUGUUUAUUUUUUAAAAAAAUAACAAAAGUUCUUUAUGCUUGUGCAUAAAUGAACUUUAGAUACAUCCAUUUCAAAUUCCUUUCUUUAUUCUCAGUAUAUAAGAUCAAAGAUGAAGAUGGUAUGAUUCGAUAUUUCAUUAUAUAAGUCUUUUUAUUCUGUGGAGAUUUUAAAAAAUAUCAAAUAUCCUGAAAACGUAAAUAAUUUAAAUGAAAUUGAAAAUAUUUUAUUAUUUUUUCAGUUUUUAGUGCUUUUAUAUUGAGAAAAAAAAGGGUAAAUUCCUAUUUCAAUCAUGAAAAAUCAUUUGCAAAAAUUUAAAAAGAAUCACAAAUAAGAAAAUUAAAUUACAGUUCUUUAAAUUUGGAUUUUUUUCAUUUUUAAAAAUGGCACCAUAUUACAAUCUAAUGGUAACAUUCCUUUCAUAAGAUUUAUUAUUUUACUUUAUUCAUUCAUAUUUUUAUUUAAUCAGAUUUCAACAAUUGCACCCAUUUGUUAUAGAAUGAAUCAAUUUUUAGAAAAUUUUUAUUAUUUUGUUUAAAAAAGAAUUUCUCUGAAUUUUCUGCAAUUGUGAUCAUUUCCAUCUUUUCCGACAUAUUAAAAUAAAUGAAAUGUUAAUCUAAAAACCAAUUAGUUUAUAAGUUUCCGAACUGAAUCUGUUUGUUGAAUCGUUGUUUAUUAUCUGCUUUUUAUAUUCUAAUUAUUCGGAAAAUAAAACAUCAAUUAAUAUUAUUUCUAAAGUAAUAUAAAAAUAUCAACUUCGUUUUCUCUUGCAUUUUAGUGAUAUUUUUCUCCCAGGUAAUACGUAUUUUAAAUUGCAAUCAUACCUCAAAAAAAGAGUAAUAAUAAUAAUAAACUUUGCGAUUUAGCUGGAAAUCUUUCAAAACAAAACAACUCAGAUACCCAAAAUUUUGCUCCGUGAUGUUUCAACUGUUGCUUUUUUGGCAUCAAAUUUUUUUAAGUUCUUCUUUCAGCAAUUUUUAAUAUAUAGGUUUCAUAAUUAAUUAAAGUUCUAAAAUAUCAUUUAAAACCUAAAAAUGUGCAGGUUUCAUCUGAAUUAAAUAGAAGUUUAAUGAAAGGACAGAAUCAUUUGAGUCAAUCUAUUUUGUAUCUAGAGAUAUGUUGAACACACGGCCAACUUGACAUCAGGAGCCUGAAAUUCGGUUGACCAUAAUUCAACAUCAGCUUCAUUAGAAGGGAAAAUUUUCAGUUAUAUUGGCAUUAGUUAAUUUGGGGAAUUUGAAUUUCCAACUUCACAUUCUUUAGAUUAAAUUCAGAAAAAUGGAGAUAUUAAGAAUUUUAAUAUUGAGCCGACUUGCAUUAAAUAAACAAAAAUUGCCUCUUCUUUAAAAAUCUUUUUUUGGAAACGAGAAGCUUUGAUUUUAAUGUAAAAGCUCUGAGUAGUAAGCAGCUUUAAGAUACUUUUUGUUGGAUUAUACAUUUCUUGAAUGUAUUUAAAUGUAACGUGCAUUCGAAAUAUGAAUGUAUUUUCAAUUUUACGAGGUGUUGCAAUUUGUAAUUUAAUGAAUAAUACUUCUGAAAUAGUAUGACAGAUAUUGCAGUGGUCUUGAAGCAAAUAUAAAUUUUAUUGCAGAAUAUUUCACUAAUAAUAUGUCAUCUAAACUCAAUAUUCGAAGGAACAUCCACAUUCUACCUAAAUGUUGCUGGAAAUCAACAUCUAUACCAGUAAUAAAUAUUCUCAAAGCUUUACCGUACUGUCUUCAAUUCUUUGCAGAAAGAUUUGUCUUCAAUUUUAUUUUUGUUAUAUUAUGUUGAUUUGAUUAUAUUUGAUAUUUUUAAUAUUGAUUCAUCUAUAAUCUGUAAGACAUAUUUUGUGUAUCCGAACAUAACGCAUCUAGGUAUCUCCCUCCAAUGCAUUUGAGCUUCUUACAUUACAACAGAAAUGAGCAAGUUCGCGGUAUUUCUUCGAAAUUUGGGAUUUUGAAGAUGACAUUUCGUAGAAAAAUCUUCUUUCAGAUGUUCAUUUCAAAAAAAAAAAAAAUCGAACGAUAAAACUUGUUUAUUUCUGAAAUUUAUAACCAACAAAUGUUUUGUUCGAAAAAUGUCUAAUGUCGGGUUGAUUGAAUGAAUGCUUAAAAAUUAUUUUAAAAAUCUCUGAGUAUUAAUGAAUUACAAUUGAAAAUCGCAAAUGAAAGAUAAUUCUUUUAUUCCUUUUUCCAUGUUGCGAAACAUCCACGGUUCGCCUUUCACAGUAUUAUUUCUAGUCAAAUUUGAAAUACUAAUUAUAGAUUAUUUGUUUAUAUUACAUUUGUUUCUGUUAUAUUUUAUGUUAAAAUAAUUGUGAAACAAAUAAUACUAUUGUAAUUUAUAUAUUUUGUUCUAUUCUUAGAUGUGAGAAAAGAAAUUUUAGUCAUUUGGAACAAAUAUUUUAUUAUCUCUUCAAAUGACUUCAAUGUAUCAGUUUCUAUCUGAUUGAAAUAAAUGUUGAAUUGUUUUGCUU